AUGGGCGAAGCCGCCAGCUACUACAACCCCGGCGCUGGCACCGGUCAGCCGCCAGGGGAUGCUAACUACCAGCACCAGCCCCAGCCCCAGCCCCAGCCCCAGCACCAGCACCAGCAAUAUGUGCCUCAGGACGCUGCAUAUGGCGAGCUAAACGAGAAGCAGACAUUUGAGCAGGCCUUCAAGGUCGAGAAGCCCAAGUGGAACGAUCUAUGGGCAGGUAUUCUGUGGAAUCGACACAUCUUCGUCGCAGCUGACUGGAACCCGCAGGUCAUGUACCACGAGCAUCCAGAGCUAUACAACGAGAUGGUCCAAGUCUACCCGCGGGUGCAGCAGAUGAUCAGGCCUGAGCCGCCAAACAUCAUCAAAACGUCUCUCGGCCAAUAUUGA